AUGGCCAAGACAAACGGUCUCAGUGCCAUUUACACGCCCGGUACCUCCAGCGAUUUGAAUGCGCCAUACUUCAAAGCCUCUCAAAACAACUGGAACGCUGUCGCCAAUUUCACCCUCAGAGUUCUCUCUACACAUCUCCCCGAACAAGGAUUCCUUGGAAGGGAUAUCCCUGGCGAAGCCGACUACCACGUAGGAGCAUGGCCCGCGUGUAUCACCAACAUCCUGGGAGCGAAGAAUGAAGCCGGAGCAUGGAAGUCGUUUGAGGCAUUUGGGCCUGUUCCAAAGAGCUUGCGGAAGUAUUUGGACGCGUGGACGACGAGAAAGUCAUGGAACACAGUCUACAAGAACAGGUUUCGCUAG